AUGGAUUUCGCGACCCAUGAUAAUACACCUGGACCGCCAGCUCACACGGCUGGCAUGCCGCAGUCCUUCUGGGAAUGGUCUCAAUCACAACCCAUGCCGCCACAAUGGCCCCAUCAACAACCUUUGUAUCCUGCUCACGAUCGUCCGGCCAAUCCAGCAUUCAUCUCCUCUUAUCCCACAUCGCUUCAGAACGGGCCGUAUACGCCCAUCAGUGUCCCUAGCGCGCUACAAACCUCGGCCGACAUAAAUCAAUACUACACGCCAGCUAGUACAUGGGCCGCUGGCCCAGUUCCACAUCACCCCGACCCUUAUACAGCUCAUUUGUUUGGGUCAUCGCUUGUUCCCACUGAUAAUCAGAUAUACCAAGCUUCCAGAAGUCUAGCUGUCCCAUCUGUUCUUCCCCGCCCACACGCUGGUUUUGCGCAGGAGCCCCCGGUGGCAAAUAGGCAGUCAACAAUCGGCUCAAUGCAUCCGCAGCUCAGAUCAAGUUCCCACGUGAGCCAGCAGUUCGAAAUUCCCAUGACAUACUAUCCUGAAGCAGCUGCCCACUCUACGCAUUGGCGACACAACAGCCAGCCAAAUCCCAAUUCACAACUGAACAUUCAGAAUCGAAGUCGGCCAUCCCAAGCACAUCGACAAACACAUUCUACUUCUGGUAUGUCCAAAAAGAAUCCCAAAUCUGCGGCUCACGACUAUAAAGAAAGAGAACGAAGUUCUCUGAAUCCAAACUUUGGCAACGACCGGAGCUCCCCAACCUUUUCCUUCUCCGAGCGAAGACGUCUUGAGCCUACACGUAGAGGACGGCCAGGUAUUGCCAGAUUCGCGGCCUCUGAAAGUCGCGGUGAUGCUCUGAGACAGUCUGGUGUAUCUCAUGUUGCUCCCGGUCAUCCCGGUCCUCGUCGCCAGGCUAUCUUGCGUCAUGCAGGCAACUAUGAAGAAAUUGAGAAUGCGCGAGCCCAGCUGCCUCACACUACUUCGACGAAUCCGCGGAAAGAGGCUUUACAGAACCUGCAGCCAGUCAAGGUGGACGACUUACCACAAGGUGACAGAACCUGUAUGAUUUGCUACAAUGAAUUCGACACACCGUCGCCCGAGGGCGUCAGUGAGAAGCCCCUCAGGCUUCCCAAAUGCAAGCACGUAUUCGGCAGCCAUUGUAUCCGCAAGUGGCUUAUGAGCUCGGGCAGCUGUCCGUAUUGUCGUGAUAAGCUGCAUUCCGAGCCAAAACUGUUACCAUCUUCCACCCGGGCCUUUUUAGACAUAAUGAGGAUCAGGGGUUGGACGACAGGAUCGGGGAUGGCGGAAGACUUCUACCGGCGAAUCAUGGCCGGUGAAGAUAUACGUCCCCUUGUCAAUGUCAACCGUUCCGUGGCUGAGAGGCGACCUUUUCCAGAUGACGACGAAUAUGACGACUUGUCUCGAAGGACUCGGCAGCGUCGGUCCAGUUCCUCGAGCGUUGAACCCGAGCUUUUGUCACCCGUACAGAGCUCAGAAAAUUUACAUGGACCGAGAUAUCGAACCGCGUUGAACUCAUCUGGACCUGUAUCGCCAUCGCAAACGGGACCGGCACCACGUGCGUGGAUGUUCAUGGCUCCUGGAUCGUCAGGCAGCAUUGCGCAGAAUACGCCGCUGCGAUAUCAGUCUCCGGCUCGUCCUGCGGCUCAGUCAACAGAAGUACACCCGCACAACUCGGCCACACCCCCGUCGGCAACACACCAUACGUUCGCAGAAAUCAUGGGUCAGACCGCUAGCUCGCGUGCGAUACCGAACCCGCUACAACACAGGACCCGAGCAUCACAUAUGCAACACUUGGGUUCCAGCGAUAAUCCCAUGGGACAAUUCAUAGAAGAAAUGUAUUUGAGUGGACAAGACUCAUCUUGA